UCGAUACGACGUUUGCAGCCCCCCCUUUACGACGAUUGUGUUCGAGCUCCGCUGAACCUGCCUGCCCCGCUGGAAAAUAUUGUUGUUCCCGAAGACUUUUGCGACAGACUCGCGAAGCUAGUUCAAAAUGGGUAACGAGAGUUCGCUGCCUAUGGAACUCUGUUCGAACUUCGAUGUAGACGAAAUCAGAAGAUUGGGAAAGAGAUUUCGGAAGCUGGACUUGGACAACAGCGGGGCCCUCAGCAUCGACGAGUUUAUGUCCCUACCCGAAUUACAACAGAACCCGUUGGUGCAGCGUGUCAUCGACAUAUUUGACGCGGACGGUAACGGAGAGGUAGAUUUCAAAGAGUUCAUCCACGGCGUAUCUCAGUUCAGCGUUAAGGGCGACAAGGAGAGCAAAUUGCGAUUUGCAUUUAGAAUCUACGAUAUGGACAACGAUGGUUAUAUAAGUAAUGGGGAGCUUUUCCAAGUGCUAAAAAUGAUGGUAGGCAAUAACUUGAAGGACACGCAAUUGCAGCAAAUUGUCGACAAAACAAUACUGUUCGCCGAUAAGGAUGAGGAUGGCAGGAUUAGCUUCGAAGAAUUUUGUUCGGUUGUUGGCAAUACAGAUAUUCAUAAGAAAAUGGUAGUUGACGUUUAAGUGACCAAAGUUUGUGGAAAAACUCUUAAUUUACAAAACAUGGUAUGUUGAUUGAAGUCUAUAAAUUAAUAAUCUAUUAACAACAGAUCUAUGGGAUAGUUCUAACAGAAAUCCGUUUAGAGUGAACUCACACGAUUAUUGUUCUUAAGCCUUUGAUCAUUACGAGUCUAUCCAAGUGGAAAAAAUUUCAUGGUAUGCCAGAUUAUACAGCGUGGCACGUGCGAACAUUAGAUCAACGUUAUACAACCAUUUUGGUGUCGUUAAAAGUAUUAUGGAACGAAUCAAAUUAUCUUGCGCGUUCCAUUAAAGAUAAAAGAUCAGCAACGCCGUCUUAAGUACAACCUUUAACUAGCAUCUUAAGUUUAAUGCUGCUCGAUCGCCAACAUUUUCUUCGAAAAUUCGCGAUAAAGUUAGUCUUCUCCAGCGCCAGUCGAAAAGAAUUUCGGUACAUAGAUGCACUUUGUUCCUUUUACUGAAUCUCGGUGGAAAAAGCACGAAAGUAAAAUCAAAUUUUUGCGUCAUUGAUACAAUUGCCAUGUCAUAAAAACCUAUCGAAUUUCCGUCAUUGUUCAAAAAAAUAAUUGUUAAUAUUAUCUUUAAUGACAUUUUAAUAUCGUUAAAAAUUUCAUUCGGUAGUCUCGGCGAGUCCUUAAGGAUAUUACUUUUGUGGGCUAAUAUCUUAAUAUAUUAAUAUUCAAAUGUAUUAAUAUAUUAAUAUUUUAGGAAAGUUAUAAACUUUAUAGAAUCGACUAUUAAGGUGUAUUAUGUUUAUAAUAAACAACCACGAAUUGUGCAUUCGGAAGAUACAGCGAGGCAGUUUCUACGGAGUUGUACGGAAUACUAAUUAUUAAGCUGCGAGUUUACUUUGUUAGCUUUUAUGUGUACUUGCGUAUACAAGCUGUGUACUCCCUGACAUUGGAUGUGUCAGUUUGUAAUUUUCGAAUGUACGAUUUAUUUAUUUAUUUAGAUAUUUAUUUAUUAUACGCGCGAUUAGUCGGAAAAAAUAAUUUAUCAUUAUCUUACCAGAUAUAUUAAGAUAUUUAUAAUACAAAUAAGUUUACUUUAUCAUUGUUAAUUGUUUCUAUGUAUACUUACAUGUUACAUGGUCUUAUCAUAUGUCUAAUUAAAGUUUAAAAUUGUGAAAUAUAUUAAGAUUAAUCUACUAUAAGUACUGCACGUUUCAUUUACGAUGCCUGUGUAGAAUACAUAUGUUCUUAAUGAUUUUUGUAUUUCAGUCACAUUUAUAUCAUUAAAUUUAUAUGCUGUUUUCGA